CGAAGGCGUCGUGCGUAAAACGGUUUUCAUCCACGGAAGAACCCAGGAGCGCGCAGACCUGCAUGUCCUUCCUUCUCUCCAGGAACUAGUCGGAUCCAGUCUGGGUGAAGCGGACUUUUUGGUGCGAGAUAAUUGGAGGCUGAUGUGGGUUAAUGAUGCGGAAAUGCGGGUGGACAAACUCGGACGCGCUCGUCUCCGUGGAGUCCAGGUGCUGGACGAGUGAGCGAGAGGAGGACUAGACGGAGGAGAAGACACCGACCAGGGCACAGAGGGAGGGAGAGAGAGAGAGAGAGGAGGACAGAAAGGGAAAGGAAGGAGGUAAAGGUAGUGUUUUUGUAGGUUUUUUUUUAAAUCAUGGAGUCGGUGCAGAACUCGCAGGUCGUGGACAUGGUCGGGGAACACCCGGUCGGAGCGUGCGCCCUAGAGCGAGACCGAGACCGGGAUAGGGUGGACGUGUCCAGCCCCUGUCCGCCGACCAAGCAGAGGUCCCUAAGGGUGGUGUACGUCCUGAAUGACGGGAUGAAGUCGGUGAUGGCCAGCAGUCCGGAGUCUGGGGCGCUCCAGUGUCUGCAGAGAGCCUGUGACGCAGAGAGCGCACUGCUGACCACGGUGACGUUUGGAAGACUGGACUUUGGAGAAACAUCUGUCCUGGAUAGUUUCUACGAUGCAGACAUCGCCGUCGUCGACAUGAGCGACGUUUUUCGACAGCCCUCCUUGUUCUACCAUCUGGGUGUGAGAGAGAGCUUCGACAUGGCCAACAACGUCAUCCUGUACCAUGACACCGACCCAGACACGGCCCAGUCGCUGAAGGACAUGGUGGCACAGAAAAACACAGCUUCCAGUGGUAACUACUACUUCAUCCCCUACAUAGUGACUCCUAACCAUGAGUAUAUGUGCUGUGAGAGCGACGCCCAACGCAGGGCCAGCGAGUACAUGCAGCCCAGCUGGGACAACCUGCUGGGGCCGCUCUGCGUCCCCCUCAUGGACCGCUUCUCCAGCCUGUUGAAGGACAUCCAUGUCACAUCCUGCGCCUCCUUUAAAGACACCCUGCUGAAUGAUAUCAGAAAAGCGAGGGAGAAAUACCAGGGGGAGGAGCUUGCCAAGGAGCUUUCCCGCAUUAAACUCCGUAUCGACAACACCGAGGUUCUGACACAGGACAUCGUCAUGAACCUGCUGUUCUCCUACAGAGACAUACAGGACUAUGAUGCCAUGGUGAAGCUCGUGCAGACCCUGGAGAUGCUGCCCACUUGUGAUCUGGCAACCCAGCCCAUGAUCCAGUUCCACUAUGCCUUCGCUCUCAACAGGAGAAACAGUCCCGGCGACAGGGAGCAGGCCCUCGGAGUGAUGCUGCAGGUGUUGCAGUCCUGCGAACACCCGGCGCCCGACAUGUUCUGCCUCUGUGGACGGAUCUACAAGGACAUCUUUCUGGACUCAGACUGCAAAGACACCAAGAACAGAGACAAUGCCAUCCAGUGGUACAGGAAAGGGUUUGAGCUGCAGCCCACGCUCUACUCCGGCAUCAACCUCGCCGUCCUGCUCAUAGUUGCUGGACAACAGUUUGAGAGCUCCAUGGAACUGAGGAAAAUAGGUGUGAGGUUGAACAGUCUACUGGGGCGUAAAGGUUCGCUGGAGAAAAUGAAUAACUACUGGGACGUGGGCCAGUUCUUCACUGUUAGCAUGUUAGCGAGCGACAUUCCCAAAGCCACACAAGCUGCGGAAAAACUCUUCAAACUCAAGCCGCCGCUUUGGUAUUUGCGGUCAGUGGUGCAGAACCUGCAGCUGAUCCAGAGAUUUAAGAAGCAGAACAUUGAACAUUCCCCUCUGCGGGAAAGACUCAACUUUUGGAUGGACAUCAUCGUAGAGGCCACACAGGGCACCACCAAUCGACUGCGGUUUCCGGUGCUGAUUCUGGAGCCAACUAAGGUUUACCAGCCCUCGUAUGUGUCGAUUAACAACGAGGCGGAGGAGAAGAACGUCUCCAUCUGGCAUGUUUCUCCAGCUGAAACGAAGGGGAUCCACGAGUGGAACUUCACUGCAAUGUCCAUUAAAGGAAUUAGCAUCAGUAAAUUUGACGAGCGCUGCUGCUUCCUGUACGUCCACGAUAACUCGGACGACUUCCAGAUCUACUUUUCCACAGAGGAGCAGUGCGGUCGGUUCUGCUCUAUGGUGAAAGAGAUGAUAUCUGAUGGGACGGGGAAUGCUGCCGAGCUGGAAGGGGAAGGUGAAGGAGAUACACUCGAGUAUGAGUACGACACUAAUGAGACAGGCGACAGAGUGGUGUUGGGGCGGGGCACCUAUGGAGUGGUGUAUGCUGGGAGAGACCUCAGCAACCAGGUCCGAAUAGCCAUUAAAGAAAUCCCAGAGAGAGACAGCAGGUACUCUCAGCCUCUCCAUGAAGAGAUCGCCCUUCACAAGUACCUGAAGCACAGGAACAUUGUUCAGUAUCUGGGCUCAGUUUCCGAGAACGGGUACAUUAAGAUCUUCAUGGAACAAGUCCCCGGAGGAAGUCUGUCUGCGUUGCUGAGGUCCAAAUGGGGUCCGCUGAAGGAGGCCACAAUAAUCUUCUACACCAGACAGAUCCUGGAGGGGCUCAGAUACCUGCACGAAAACCAGAUCGUCCACCGAGACAUUAAGGGGGAUAAUGUACUGGUGAACACAUACAGUGGGGUGUUGAAGAUCUCUGAUUUUGGGACCUCUAAGCGUUUGGCAGGUGUCAACCCCUGCACGGAAACAUUCACUGGUACCCUGCAGUACAUGGCUCCAGAAAUCAUAGAUAAGGGUCCGAGAGGUUAUGGGGCCCCGGCUGACAUCUGGUCCCUGGGUUGUACAAUCAUAGAGAUGGCGACUGGGAAACCGCCUUUCCACGAGCUGGGAGAACCACAGGCGGCCAUGUUUAAGGUGGGCAUGUUUAAGAUCCACCCAGAGAUCCCUGAGUCCCUGUCGCUGGAGGCCAAGUCCUUCAUCCUGCGCUGCUUCGAGCCCGACCCCAACAAGAGGGCCAUCGCCUCCGACCUGCUCCGGGACACGUUCGUCAGACACGUCACCAAGGGCAAGAAGAGCAAGAUCGCCUUCAAGCCAUCAGACUACAUCCACAGCGUUUCCCUGCCCGUCCAGUUGCAGGGUGAGGCGGCCGGAAGCAGCAGCAGUGAACACGGCUCCGUGAGUCCGGACUGCGACUCGAAACACGACGUUUUCUUUCAGAAGAAGAAAAUCUCAGGCUCGGAGAACCUGCUGAAGCCCCCCAACUCCAACUACCUGAGCGUUCCCGACGAGGGUUCGGUGUCAGAAGACCGCAGCGCCCCCCCCUCCCCCGAGGACAAGGACGGAGGCCUGUUCCUGCUUAAGAAGGACAGCGAGAGACGGGCCAUUCUGUUCAAGGUCCUCAAUGAAGACCAGAACAAGGUCAUCUCCAACCUCAAGGAGAACCACAUCCAGGGCAGUGAGGAGCUCCAGCUGUCUGUCGAACACAUUAAGCAGAUUAUCUGUAUCCUCCGAGACUUCAUCCAUUCCCCAGAGCGGAGAGUCAUGGCAGCCACCAUCUCCAAACUCAAGCUGGACCUGGACUUUGACUCCACCUCCAUCAACCAGAUCCAGCUGGUGCUCUUUGGCUUCCAGGACUCGGUCAAUAAAGUCUUGAGGAACCAUCAUAUUAAACCCCACUGGAUGUUUGCUAUGGAUAACAUCAUCCGCAGAGCUGUCCAAGCUGCCAUUACCAUCCUCAUACCAGAGCUCCAGACCCACUUCGGCCCAGCGUCAGAGUGUGAAGGAGCCGAAAAGGAAGACGAGGUGGAUGAGGAAGAAGUAGAAUAUGGGCCUGUGUUAGCGCCUACAGCUGAUGACUCUGGGACGCCAGCCGAUCCCAGUGCUGGUGCAGUGAGCACUCUAAACUCCGCCCACACACAGGAGCAUCAGCGAACACAUCAUCAGCUGGGUGUACAGCUGGGACGGCUCAAACAGGAGACCAACAGGCUGUUGGAGGAGCUACUUCAGAAGGAGAAGGAGUACCAGCAGGUCCUGAAGGCAACGCUGCAGCAGAGAGCACACGAUCUGGAGCUGGUCAGAGUCCGGCACAGACCCCCAGACAUCCCACCUCCGUCCAUCUUCCACAUCCCAGCGGACCACGAGCCGGACAAGCAGCUCACUGAUUGGCUGAAAGAGCAGGGAGCGGAUCCUGACACUAUAGAUAAGUUUGUGCUGGAGGAGUACACACUAACUGAUAUUCUCAACGAUGUCUCCAAAGAUGACCUCCGCUGUCUACGUCUAAGGGGCGGAGUCUUGUGCCGUAUCUGGCGGGCCAUUCAACGGCACCGAGAGCGAGAGAGGCUGAGGAGUCACGAACACUCAGAGGACGACGCGUGACGGGGGAAAGAUGGAGGACUCUGUUUUGCAGAAACAUGCACACGUCCACACACUGCCGGCCUGUCCUCUCUGCUUUAUAUGAAGUGUCUCAGUGCCUUUUCACGUUUCAUUAAGACUUGAUUCGACCAAAGCACUAGUGCUGGCACUACUAUAUGUAUCUGUAUCUGUGUUAUGUGUUUAAUGCAGCUUCGUAAACAUGAGCACAUUCACUUCAAAUCUGUAAAUCACUACAGACUUCUUGGGUGAUUGGAUAUCUGAUUUUUUUUUUUUUUAGAGUAAACAGGGUAUGCACAUUGGUAAGCGGUUUAGUUAUGCGGUCAUAUUUUUGCUUAUAUCGCUUCACGUUCUAUAACAGAGAACACUCCAUUUAUUCUACUGUAUUAACAACAUAAACAUCUGAGAGGGGUUUAAAAUCUAAAUGUCUGAUACUAUAAUUUCAUGAAAACUCAUUUUGCAGGACAUCUAUGGUACCGUACUUUCCGGGCUAUAGGGCACACCUGACUAUAAACUGCACCUGAGUAUAAGCCACACCCACCAAAUUUUAAAAGAAAAAAAUAUUUGUACAUAUAUAGGCCACACCUGACA